CAGCGAAAUAGUGCGUGCCCAGGUGAAUGCGAAUGUCACAGAAGUAUAACCAUAUUUAGAGAUCAUUGAAUUCGUCGAUAGGCUGUUGUCUCGAGUCUGCAUUCAGAACUUUGCAGGUUCUGAGGGUUGCAAUGUUCAACCUUGCCAAGUCCAAAGCAUUUGUCAUCUUGGGGCAAUGCAGAGGCGCAACCAAAACACAGUUAUGUAUGGAGAGAUUAGCGUUAAAUGGGAUCUUCCUAUCACGGAGUCCACUGUCCAGCAGCAGUUCGGAUAAAGUUUAUGAUGUGAUUGUGUCAGGAGGAGGAUUGGUUGGGACCGCAAUGGCCUGCUCCCUAGGUUUGGAUGCCAAUCUGAAAGGGAAAGAGAUUCUGCUGCUGGAGGCGGGACCCAAGAAGGUGAUGGAGAAGGUUCCAGAGGCCUACAGCACCAGGGUCAGCUCCAUCAGCCCCGGCUCAGCCACCUUCCUCAGCGGUCUUGGAGCGUGGGAUCAUGUUUUGAAUAUGAGGUGCAAGCCGUAUCAGAAAAUGCAGGUUUGGGAUGCGUGCUCGGACUCCCUGAUCGCCUUCGAGAAGGAGAACUUGCAGGAGGAGAUGGCCUACAUUGUGGAGAACGACGUCAUCGUGGCCGCUCUCACCACUCAGCUGCAGACGCUGUCAGAUCGUGUGAACGUGAGGUACAGGUCCCGGGUGACAAGGUACGACUGGCCGGGCAGCUACAGUCUGGCAGACGCCUCUCCCUCCUCCCCCUGGGUACAGGUGACUCUGGCCAGUGGAGAGGUGCUGCACACUAAGCUUCUGAUCGGGGCAGAUGGGGCGAAUUCAAUGAUUCGUAAAGAAGCUGGGAUACCUCACGUCAAGUGGAAUUACGACCAGUCCGCUGUCGUGGCUGUACUUCAACUAUCAGAGCCAACAGAGAACAAUGUUGCUUGGCAGCGGUUUCUUCCUACUGGCCCUCUAGCUAUGCUUCCACUGUCUCACACUGAGAGCUCGCUGGUGUGGUCGACCAGUCACGAGCACGCUGAGGAGCUGGUGAGGCAGGAUGAGGAGAGCUUUGUGGAUGCCAUCAACUCCGCAUUCUGGAGUAAGCAUAACCAGUCAGAGGUGACCGAGAUGGCAGGCUCUAUGUUCCGGACGGCCCUUUCGGUGCUCAUGCCGACGGGGUCUUCUGCGCGCCAGCUGCCCCCGAGCGUGGCAGGCGUCAGCCCCGAGAGCCGCGUGGCAUUUCCUCUGGGCCUAGGACACGCCUCCGAGUACGUCCGCCAUCGGAUGGCGCUAGUCGGUGACGCUGCACACCGUGUGCACCCAUUGGCUGGGCAAGGUGCCAAUCUUGGAUUUGGGGAUGUGGCCUGUCUUACUGAAAUCCUCAGUCAAGCAGCGUUUAAUGGCAAAGACCUCGGGGAUCUGCAGCACUUGCUAAAAUACGAGACAGAUCGACAGCGAUAUAACCUGCCCAUGAUGACCGCCAUUGACCUGCUGAAGAGACUGUAUUCCACCAACAAUGAGGCCGCUGUACUGAUGCGAUCACUGGGCCUUCAGGCCACCAACUCCCUACCUCUCCUCAAAGAGCAGAUUAUGUCAUUUGCCAGCAGAUGAGAUGUGCUGCUUCAGGAGUACAAGUCAGUCACACCACCUGAAGUUCAAUACAUUACUUACAGAUGUUUUUGCACACUGGCUCACACAGGCGUCAUUUUUGUAAAACUUCCAUCCAUAUUCAUCUGAUUGUGCCACUAGAGUAACUUGUUUGAUGUGUUGUCACAAGUUGGCUUAAUACUGUAUUUAACAUUAACCCAUUAAGGCACUUCACAAGACAAGUUUUAUAUGUUUUAAUAUGGAAUGGUAAUUAAUGUGUGACUGUAAAAUAUGUUCUGGUCAUAAAUAAAAUUAAGUUUACAUGUAAUAUAAACAUAUUGUUGGAAAUUGUACACAAACUCUUAACAUUUUUUGAAUGCUACAUUGCAUUGCAAGUAAUAAAUGGUUUGUAUAAAUGA